AUGGCCGGUCAAUAUUGGAGAGCUGCUGGUAUUACUUACCUUCAAUACGCUAACAUGUGUGGUUCACAUGUCCGUAAUUGUUUAAAAGAACCAUUCAAAGCAGCUGCUAAAGUUAGAGAAAAUUUCGUUUCAAACACUGUUCACUAUGUUAAUGGCAAAGAAAACCAAACUAUCAUUUUAAAUUCAGAAUUAUUACAAAAAGAAUUAACCACCAAGAAAAACUAA